AUGGCUCUCUGGGCCGCGCGUCUCGUUAUCGACGCGUUGCUCGAGCCGGAGGGUGUCGCGACGCUCGGUGACAUGAAGGCUUUGCUUGCGAAUGUGCAGAACAACGCGUCUAAACUUGAACCUGACCAUCACCUCGACCUGGGCGCCACAUCGCUCUCGAUACUCAUGGACGUCGACAGCUACUACCUAGAACAAGAUGAGCGCAUGGGCAUGGAGAGUGAGGAGCAGGACGAGAUAAUGGAGUCCCUCAGCGCGUUCGCAAGUGCACCCAAGACGGACCCGGAUACCAGCGUCAACGAUAGCAUCCAUGAAUUCGAUGCCACAAAGUCGCCGAAAACAUUGGCAAAGGCGUUGCCAAAAACCAAAGAACUUACAGAAGAGCGUGAAAAUCUACACAAGAAGGCGAAAAGAAAGAUCGAUGCACACGCUGACUCUGCUCCUCCCACGGCCGUUCAGGAGUCAUCAGUGUCGGACGAUAUCACAUCGUUUUCCAUAGUCGAGGAACGACCGCGAAAGAGGCUCAGAACUCUUGCUAUGAUCGGAGUCAAGCCGAAGAAAACAGCGCCGAAGAAACUGGCCAAGUUGCACAUACCAACAUCCCCUCGAAAGCAACCACCGUCGUCGGACGUGGCGACGUCGCCUAUCGAAGAAUCAAGUGCAUUGAUCGGGCAUGCGUCUGCCGGACCUAGCUCCGCCGCCGCAAAGCCGAAGAGGGGCAGCCUACUCACAGCGCUCGAAGAGAGGAUCGCCAGCGCCAAAAGCUCCGGGAGCCUAGCGCCGCAAGCUACUAUGAAGCGACCGGCAGAUGAGCCUGCAGAGGCAAGUGGCAGCAAGACCAAGAAGACCAAGGAGUCCAAGAGGCCAAAAGAGACCAAGAAGGACAAAGAGUCCUCUCGACGCCACGACUCAUCUCGGAGCAAGCACACGAAAUCUGAGCAGCAACAGCAACAGCCGCCACCACAACCGAAGCCGGCACCGCCUCCCAUACCCACGACAUACGCCGAAUGUGUGCGGCAGAAGAAGAAGGAGAUCCGAUCGGACAUGAAGCAAAACAUCUUCACCGGUAUGGACGUAUUCCUCGUCAUAGACGACGAGGAUAUGGAGGAUGUGGAGGCGAAGGUCCUUUGCCUCGUCCGCUGCGGCGCCCGCCUCAUGGAGCGUUAUAUUCCGGACAAGUGCACGCACAUCAUUUGCGCGUCCGACAAGACCCUCCACCCCUCACUGUUCUACAAACUCCAAGUCACCUCCGUCGACGAGGUCCCCGAACACAUCCCCAUCCUCAACUGGAAGUUCGUCCUCAAAUGCAUUACCAAAUACAAUAAAGAAGAGGGCCCCAUCAUAAAGGCUAGGCAGGAGAAGGCUGAUCUGGAGUGGCGCGGGCUGAAGCGGAAGAACCCCGCACCCGCACUCGUCCCACUUGAGGACCGGCCGCAGGGCUUUUUCUUCCCUCCGCAGGAGGAGUGGCCCAAGUACUCGGCGUGCCCAUGGCGUGGUGAAGGGGCUGCGCAAGCGGUUGGAGGAGAGCCGAGACAGCGGGCAUUGAGCUACGCGUCGAGCGAGGCGUCCGAGUCCAGCUUUUCAUCGCCCUCUGGUGCUACGCCAGGGGCUGCCUCUCGUGCUACGUCCGAGGCUGCUUCUGGCGCGGACGAUGCGCCGGAGGGGAAGGCAGGCAAUCAAGAGGUCGACCCACUGGUCCCUUUCUACGAGCAGGCGAAGGAUGACCGCGCGAAAGAAUACGAAGAAGAACAUGGGUUUCCGCCGCCCGGCGAUUUGUGGGAUCUCGAGCCAGACGAGGACGAGGACCUGGAUGUUCCCGUCGUAGGUGAAAAGGGUGACCAGUAUGAUAGGACCGAGGAGACGGAGGACGAAAACGACGUCGAGGACAGUCCGGUGAAGAAGGGGAAGAAGGCGAAGAAGGGCGAAGGCAAGCAGGACCCCUGA